AGACUCAAGCUGCGCACCCUCCUGAUCACACCCCACCCCUGAAGUUGCCCAACAGGCGGUGCAACUGAGUGCCGCGGCAGUGUCACAUUCUUUCUCUACAUUACGCUCUUACGAUGACACACCAACAGCACCAGUUUCCUGCAGAGGGGGACGGCUAUAGGACCCAGUGACACAUCGUAAGUUGGACAGAGAAAGAGCGUCAGAGAGAAAUAGAGGGAGAGAGAGAAAGCAGAAAAAGAUAACAGCAACGUGAGAGCGAGAGAGAAGAAAAAGAACAAGCGACUGAGAGAGCAAAAGAGAGAGAUGACGACCACAGUGAUAUUUUUAAUCUGACCACAGAGGCUGUUGACUGCGACCGCCACUGCUUCCGUGAUGACAGCUCAUCUAGCACUUCAAGCACUCAGUUCCUCAAGUCUGAGGCCAGUUCUCAGCCGACAGGCGCUACGACAAAUGAAGAGAAGGCUGUGUGAGAGGGUGAAAGGAGCAGAAGAAGGGGAAAGAACCAGCUGAGAGGAAAGGAAAUCCAAAAGAGAAAGAGAGUAAGAAAGAAGAAAAGGAAGAGUAAAACAGAGACAGAGAGAGAGAGAGAGAGAGAGAAGCAGGUAGGCAGCCAGCAAGUCCCCACUUAACACCAUCCUUUGGGACAUGAAGGAGGUCAUUGGUGGGAUAUAUAAGCCAUGAACCGGCAAGCUCAUCUUCUGAGAGGCUUUCUGGCUCAGUUUGCCAGCAAGGAGGCAGUGGACGGGGUUGAGGACAGUGGCUUUGAGGCUGAAUUCUUGAAACUGAAGAGGCAGUCCACUAAAUACCGAACAGAGAAGACCUACCCCACCAAGGCCGCUGAGAAGCAGGACAAUGUGAAGAAGAACAGAUACAAGGAUAUCGUUCCAUUUGACCACACCAGAGUGAAGCUCUCUCUAAGCACAUCCAAACAUGACUCUGAUUACAUCAAUGCAAACUUCAUCAAGGGCGUUUUUGGGGCAAGGGCCUACAUUGCAACACAGGGACCACUGCCAAACACUGUUUUGGACUUCUGGAGGAUGCUUUGGGAGUACAACGUGCAGGUCAUUGUAAUGGCUUGCAGGGAGUUUGAAAUGGGAAGGAAAAAGUGUGAGCGCUAUUGGCCUGAGACUAAGGUGGAUGCAUUUGUGUGUGAACCAUUCACCAUACGCUGUGAAUCAGAAGAGAAUAAGGGAGACUAUGUGACAAGGAUCCUGAGGGUGACCUUUAAUAAAUCUUCUCGGUCGCUGAAGCAGCUGCACUACAUGAACUGGCCUGACCACGGCGUGCCUGACUCUAUCCCACCCAUCCUGGAGCUGUUGCAGGAAAUGCGUUUGUACCAGGAACAUGAGGAUGUACCCAUCUGCAUCCACUGCAGUGCUGGCUGUGGAAGGACAGGAGCCCUCUGUGCCAUUGACUACACUUGGAACCUAUUGAAAAGACAAAUAAUACCAGAGAACUUCAGCAUCUUCAACAUGGUUCAAGACAUGAGGACACAGAGGCCUUCUGUAGUUCAAACUAAGGAGCAGUAUGAACUGGUGUACAGAGCAAUUAAAUUCCUGUUCGAGAGGUAUCUGCAGAUGAUGGAGCCGAACACAAACCAAGAUAAGGUUCCAUCAGCACCAUCACCCAUCUCUGAAGACAGUGAUAGUGACCUGUCAGACACCAAUGAGCUGGACCUAGAGCCGAAGCUUGCUGCAAUGGACUACAGGACUACCUCUGAGCCCAGGUAUCCCAUACAGGAUCUGUCCAACCAUGUUGUGCCAAAUGUCGUCUCACAGCAGCCUCCACUUAGCCCACAGGUCCUCAGCCCUAAUGCAGUGGCAAGCUGGAUGGUGUCUACAACAGCCCCAGUGUCCACUUACUCAGCUCCAUUUCAGCAGACAGAUUUUGGACACUAUGUGUUGAAAUGACUGGACCCUGUAAUGAGGCACCGAGCUGAUGCUAUGAGUGCCAAUGUUCCCAUCAAACCAUCACGGCCAAAGGAGUCGAGCCUUAGUCAGAAACCUUUGGACCAACCAGUGUUAAACAAUGUCUGCCAUUCUGCAGCACCACACCAACAACCACCAAUACAGAAACCCAUGCCAAGCCAGAGGUUUCUCAAGCAAACAGUGAUGAACAAUUCUGUAGCACCACACCAACCACCACCCAUACAGCAGCCUAACCCAAGCCAGAUGUCUCUGGAGCAAACAGUGAUGACCAGUACUUCAGCACCACAGCAACCACCACCGGUUCAGAAACCCAUGCCAAGCCAGACGCCUUUGGAACAAACAGUUCAGAGAUCUCUGGAGCAAACAGUGCGUGACAACGCUGCCCCUGCUGUAUCACCACAUCAGCCACCAUUGUUCCAGCAGCCAAACCCAAGCCAGAUCUCUCCGGAACAGGCAAGGAUGAGCAGUGUUUCUUCUGCCAUAGGUCAAGUCCAGCCUCCUGAGAUACACUCCCUUUGUCUUACUGUGGAGGAUCCAUAUUUUGGCCCAGACUCUGCAGUAUCCGUGGACAGUUUCAGUUCUUCAUCAGAGAACAUAAUAGCCAGGGAUGUGUGGUCUCAAAACCCCUGUUUCAGUGGCCCUGUUUUGACUCUUAAUGACAAGCCUCUUGAACCACCAGCACUGGGGGAAAAUACAGGUAUGACGUCACCUUCAUCUGACAGAGACUGUCCACCUCCUCUACCAGAGAGAACCCCAGAAUCCUACAUUCUGGAUGGUGAAGUUACAGAUAACACUUCGUUCAACCAGAAUUUGGUGGUGAUCAUCCCGCCUGAAACCGGCUCUGAGACAGUGUCUCAGACCAGUGGAGGAAGCCCACCCUCUCCAGUGCCCCCUUUGCCUGAGAGAACGCCAGAGUCCUUUGAAUUGGCUACCGAUGAAGAUUUAGUGCAGAAUGCAGUACAAGAGAAGCCCCAGCAAACUGUGCUCCGAGUUGGGAAGUCCUCCGAAUGGUCUGGGAAUUCGAACUCAGUCUCAGACAUUGAGAGACCCUGGACCAGGAGCAAGAGUUUAAGAGCUAGACUGACAGUGUCACUUCAUGUUCCUGCUCACAUCCAGCCUCUCGCUGCUCUUCAGAGACCUUCAGAAGUUUUGACUCAGGAGCCUCCACCGUGUCUCACUCCUCCUCUGCCUGUGCGGCCUUCAGAGUCAUGUAAUGCGAGUCCAACAUCCCUCACCCCUCCGCUCCCUAGGAGAACCCCAGAGUCCUUCAUCCUGGACACACAGGAAGAGCAAAGAAACAGUGCCCCCUGUCAGUCAUCUGAUAUGCUGCAACAAAGGCAGCGUCUGGGCACCUCGUCUGAGUGGGCAGGAAACACCCAGCCCAGGACGUUCCUAGACGUCAUGAGCAGAAGCAAAAGUGUUAAAGUGAGAAGUUCAAAAAAAGAGUCCUUAUCUGUGGCUCCUCUGCCCAAUGCAGCCGCCAUCACCACGGUUACAGCACAGAGAGGAGAGCAGCAGCCAGUGGACAGCAGACUUUCUGUCCCCGCCAGACCAGUGGCAAGCCAACCAGACGCCGCUACCGAGAGAACAUCACUGGCCAGUAAAGCCAGGACAAAGAGUUUGAGGUUUUUGAAAGGAAGAAAAACAAAGACAGCUCCACUUUCUGCUGCUCCUGUUGCUCCUGCUGCUCCACCCAGUGCUGCUAUUGGAGGAUUCAAAUUUGGCUUUGGAACACGCUUUGGGAAGCCCAAAGGGCCAAGGACCCAUCCAGAGACGUGGGUGUAAGCACAAGCCGGGAAAGGAAGUGCCUCAUAGCAUCUGGGGAGUGUCCCUGAGCACAGCUGCCUCCAUCAGCCUUUCAGACAGCGCAAUGCUAGCAGCGAAGAGUCUUUAGUUAGGCCUUGAAGACCAACCAGCCUAGAGUAGCUAUUCUGCCUUGCAGAACACAAGAGUGUAAUGUGGUCACAGGCUGCACCACAUGGACGAAGUAGCACAAGGGGGUGGGGGGUGUGUAUAGAACUUAGUUGACUUGAAUGUGUAUCAUUUCAACAUAAAUAAAUACAGUUUUGUCUUUCUGUUUAUAUAUUUUUUGGCAACAAUUGUUAUUUUAUCUAUGUGGAAAUGAACACAAUUUGAAUCAAGAAUGUAAGGCAUCAUGUCUGAGCACAUACUGCAGUGUGCACUAGUGAAUCCUUGUUGUGGUUAAGGACAGGCCACUUAUUUCAGAGCAAAAUGAGUUGUUUAUUGGAUCAACUGAAACUGACCUAGAUUAACAGUGAUUAGUCAGUUUGCUCACAGCACAUAAUAAAAAUGUGGGAUUUGUUAGAAGUCCCAUAUUACAGCCUUCUGCUUUAUCAGUAUUGCAAAGGCCAGUAUCACUAUACUGAUGAAUUGUGCAGCCCUAGUUUGCUACUGAUUGGGCCUAUUUUGAUCUGAUUAGGCUCAGCCUGUAUUAUGCGAAGGACUGCCACACUGCUGUUUUUGCAUAUUUGGUACAGCGUUCUCAUAAAAUGAAAGCAAAAUAAAUUGCACAACUAUUUCUAUAGGCCUGUUAAAUUCUUAGUAUUACUUGUUUGUGUGUAUAUAUGAACCAAAGCUCAAAAAGCUCCUGAUGACGUCUGUAUGACAGCUAUGCACAAUAUUUUGUGUUGUAUUCAGAAGACAGAUGAAAAUGUACUUUUGUUUUACCCCCGUUUUCUCAUGUGUAAUGAAACACUGAUGUAAUUUGGUGAACCUGGCUUUGUUUGUGAAGCACAGGUGUGGUGCAAUCACCAAAGCGAGUGCCUGGAACAAAUGGAAGCACGUUAGCGGUGACAGCAUAUCAGAGUAAUAGUUUUUGUCAUUUGAGAUGAACUCUGCAAGGACCGCUUUGCUCUCCAUUAGACCUGUGUAAUAAACCACAGGCAACAUGAACAACUUUCUCAUUCUCAGGCUAACAGAAAAGCACCAUCUGUGUCAGCGUCCUUGUUCAUUUUGUUUAGUUAUAAACGGAAAACAUUUGAUGACAAGCUGGAUGUACAUUAGAGAGCACAUAAUGAGCAAACAGAAAGGGGUAGUAUGCUGUUAGGACAGAGCCUGAACCCCCAGUUGUAGUGGGUCAUUUUGUGUCUUUGGUAUCAAAUCAUUGUCUACACCACAAAGAUGUUUUAUUUAAAACAAACACUUUUUCUUGAGUGGACUGUCCUGUCGAACUUGCGCUUUUUUGCACUUUGUAAUGUAUUUAUGCGCUGCUGAAAUGUUCAAACUGGUGUUUUCAGAAAAAUAAAACCUUGGUACACUCAGAAAAUGA